AUGUUUUCUUUCACCCCUCUUCUUUCUUUGCUCGCGUCUUCGACCUUGCUGGUUCAAGGUCUUCCUAUGAGCGAUCAUACAGCACCCAUAUCUCGACGCGGUAGUGAAACACCGGAAGUCUUCUCUCGACGCGGCAGCGAGACUCCAGAAAUCAUUUCUCGACGCAACAGCGAAACUACGGAGAUCGUGUCUAGACGAAACAGCGACAUUGCAUUGGAAACCCGCGAUUCAUGCGAUACUGCAGAUGGAGACCCGAUCAGAGGUGUCAACAUCGGCGGCUGGCUUGUCGUCGAGCCUUGGAUGAAUUGGGAACUCGUCGAAGGCACCAAUGCUCCUGAUCAAUGGACGUUCGACCAGACCGACGGUGCAGAGUCGAAGCUGCAGUCGCAUUGGGCGUCUUGGUUCAACGAAGCAGACAUGGCACAGAUUGCCGCAUGGGGCCUCAAUACUGUGCGCAUCCCAAUUGGGUUCUGGGCCUUCAACAAUACCGGCAGUCCAUACAUCUCCGGUGCAGAUGCAUAUCUUGAACGAGCAUUGGGCUGGGCUCGCAAGUACAACAUACAAGCGUUGAUCUGCAUGCACGGUCUACCUGGUUCUCAGAACGGCUUUGACAACUCUGGUCACAAGGGUAAUGCCGACUGGGCUGAGAACCAAGAUAACCUGCUCGCCUCCACGGCCGUUCUCGAGACCAUGGCAGCCAAGUAUGGUACUUCAUCUUGGAGCGAUGUUGUCUGGGGUUUGGAGCUUGUUAAUGAACCUAUCGUGUGGGAUGAGACCAGUGCUCGCUCUGCCCAGUCCUGGGCUGUCGACACUGUAAAGGCCAUGCGUACUCACAUCACCAAUCCAGACUUGAAGUUAGUCAUGCACGAUGCCUUUAUGGGAGCCAAAGCUUGGGUGCCCAUUGCACAACAAUACAACGCUGUAGCCGAGAACUUCGUCUUGGAUGUCCACCUAUACCAGAACCAAGGUGGUGACACCUCUGGUAUGACACAAGACCAGCACAUCGCCACCGUUUGCAACUACCCAUCGACUCAAUUUCUCCCCGACUCCGACCAGACCCCUGUCCUCGUUGGCGAAUUCAGCGACCAGACCAACAUCUGUGUCGAUGCCGCCGGUGUCGUGACAGCCGGAUCCUCCUGCUCCACCGAUGGCUGCCAAUGUUCCGCCCAACUCGACCCUUCCCAGUGGAACAGCAAUCUCGUCGCCGCAACCAGAAAGUUCAUGGAGGCUCAAUUGGACGUCUUUGAAGAGUAUUCCACCGGCUGGUUCUUGUGGAGCUACACCGGACCCGGUGCUUGGGGACUUGACAAUUUGUUCAAGGCUGGUGUCGUCGGUCCCGAUCACAUCACUCAAAGACAGUACCCUGCACAAUGCAGUUCUUCUUCGUGA